AGGGAGACGUGCAGACUGCAAGACGAAGAAAUGGACGGCCGACAGGUAUUAACAGGCAUCUUCGGUGCGUUUUUUGUAAUUUCUCAUCUAAUUUAUUUCGUGGCAGGGGCGCAAGACGGCCCAAAAGGAAAUAGGGACCAAGAAUGCUACAACUACGCGGGAGGACAUGUGUACCCGGGGGAGGCUUUCCGUGUUCCCGUGUCUGAUCAUUCCCUACACCUCAGCAAGGCAAAGAUCUCAAAGGCCGCGCCACACUGGGAGGGCACUGCUGUCAUUGAUGGCGAGUUCAAGGAGCUGAAACUGUCUGACUACCGAGGAAAAUACUUGGUAUUCUUCUUCUACCCCUUGGACUUCACCUUUGUUUGCCCCACUGAGAUCAUAGCGUUUAGCGACCGCGUACAGGAGUUCCGCGCCAUCAAUGCAGAGGUUGUCGCAUGCUCAGUGGACUCACAGUUCACCCACUUGGCCUGGAUCAACACGCCAAGAAAACAGGGUGGACUUGGGCCCAUGAAGAUCCCCCUGCUGUCUGACCUCACUCAUCAAAUUUCCAAGGACUAUGGUGUUUACCUGGAGGACCAAGGCCACACACUCAGGGGUCUCUUCAUCAUUGAUGACAAGGGCGUCCUGCGGCAGAUCACAAUGAAUGACCUUCCCGUGGGUCGGUCCGUGGAUGAGACUCUGCGGCUUGUCCAGGCCUUCCAGUACACUGACAAACACGGAGAAGUGUGUCCAGCAGGCUGGAAACCAGGGAGUGACACAAUAAUCCCUGACCCCUCGGGCAAACUUAAGUACUUUGAUAAACUGAAUUGAACUCUGAAUGUCACCAGUCUUGUUUCAAUGUCUCAACAUACCUGUUCUCAAUACCUGUUCUCACCCAAGGAUUUACUAACAUCUAAAAAUAAAAACACCAUUUUGUUAA